AAGUACACAACAACAGAAACAUAAUGCAGCGUUGGUGGUUUUUAGAAGAAAAUGGCGAUGCAAAGAAUCCAUCUACGUCCGGCGGAUCUCAGAAGACGUCUGAUACGUCCGUGAAGAAACCAAAGCAACCGACCCCUGUUGGCGAUCGGCGAUAUACGUUCCGCGUGCUGGUAACGUGCGAUUUGCUGAAGGAUGAAACAAUUGCCAUUACGGGCGGUUGUGAAUCCCUGGGAAACUGGGACCCGGAGCAGUGUGUGCAGUUGCAUCCAGAAAAUGAUGGUGAUAGAAAUAUCUGGCGUCUUGAGACGGAACUACCUCGUGAUGCUUCUGUGAAGUAUCGGUACCUGAUCUGUUCGGUCGAUCCAACCAGCGGAAAUGUGCACGUGCGUCGCUUCGAAACCCACAUCGUGCCCCGACAAGUUCCAAUUGACCUGGCGGACGAGGACGUAAAUGUUGGUAAGGUCCAACCAAAGAUCGAUACGCUCGGUGAUAUUGAAGGAAACGUUAAGCUGGAUAAGGGUUGGCUUACCACCGAGACCAUUAUGCAGUUUAAGUUCUUCGAUAAUCCGUUCUCGGUGAAGGAACGUAUCAAAAAUCGUUUGCUGUAUGUGAAGAUAACAACAAUGAAUCUACGCAUUAAUGCGGAAUCCCAAAAUCUGUCUUCGUUACUGGAAGAAUCACUUUCAAAUGAUACGCGUGAGAAUGGUGCAGAAUCUGCGACCACCUACUCCUUCACGGAGGUGACCUCACUUCGCAAUCCGAAUUCUUGCUAUGAGCAACAGACACAGUUCGGCUGUCCAUACCAGAAGGACGAUUUUCUCAUCUACAACGUAACGGUAGCUGAGCCGGAGAAUGUGGCCUACCUGGUCGAUCUCUACACGUACAGUUCCAAGUCGAAGGAAGACGAGCCACCGUACCAUCUGGGCUAUCAUUACAUUCUACCAAACUUCCUGAAAAAAUCCGAAGGUGUCCUGGAGUUGCCGGUUACGUGUGCUAGCAAGCAUCGUCCACUGGGCAUGAUGCGCAUCGAAUAUCUGAAGAUAACGCCUCUGCUUCCUUCACGGUGCACCCUGGACCGAUCGUACAUUCGGUACUGGAACAAGCGUUGGACUGGGCUGGACGUGGGCCAUCGUGGAUCUGGCACCAGCUUCAAGGCGAGCGAUGGUAAUGUGAUCCGUGAGAACACGAUCGCUUCGCUAAAGAAGGCAGUCGCGCACGGUGCCGAUAUGGUGGAGUUUGAUGUACAACUAAGCAAGGAUCUGGUGCCAGUGAUCUAUCAUGAUUUCGAUAUCUACGUAUCGUUGAAGCGCAAAACCACACUCGAAACGAACGAUAUGCUGGAACUGCCGAUGCGCGAACUAACGCUAGAGCAGCUCAGGAACCUUAAGGUCUACCACGUGGUGGAGGGUAGAAAUCGUGAGGCCAAAUUCUUCGACGAGGAUCUGGAAGAGCAUCAACCGUUCCCUCAGCUGGCCGAGGCGCUCGAACAGAUAGAUCCACACUGUGGCUUUAACAUCGAGAUCAAGUGGUCACAGAAGCUGAAGGAUGGCCGGAUGGAAUCGGAAAUGACAUUCGAUUCGAACCUUUACGUCGAUUGCAUAUUGCGCGUGGUGCUAGAGAAAGCCGGUGACCGUCGGAUUGUGUUUUCGUGCUUCGAUGCCGAUAUCUGCACGAUGCUGCGCCUCAAGCAGAACCUCUAUCCGGUAAUGUUCCUAACGCUUGGUGUAACAAGCCGAUACCCGAGCUAUCACGAUCCUCGCUGCAACUCGAUCGAGAUGGCAGUGCGCAAUGCGUAUGCGACCGAACUGUUGGGUAUUGUGGCACAUACCGAGGAUUUGUUGCGCGAUCAAACACAGGUGAAUCUGGCCACCGAGAAAGGGCUGAUCAUUUUUUGCUGGGGCGAUGACAAUAAUUGUAAGGAUACGAUUAAGCAUUUAAAGAGCCUCGGUAUACAUGCAAUCAUCUACGAUAAGAUGGACAUUUACUCGGACAAGGCGAUUAAGGAAAGUGUAUUUUUAGUUGGAGCUCGCGAAUCGCAAGCAGCAUUGCUGCAGCAGAUUAACAUCGAGAACCGUUACGAGCAAACGAAUCAGCACGAGUUUCUAAACGAUAAGGACGUUCGGCUGAGUAUGGACAAAGCGGCUUCAUCUACCGGUACGGCACUAUCCACCUCUACGCCAUCGAUUUAAGG